CUGUAUGGCGUAACCUUAGGCAACCGACUUGUUGAUUACGGAAAGGCACUAGUUAUACCGAAUGUUCUUGAAUAGGCACAAGGAAGAAACCGUUCAGGGCGGUUUCUAUGGCACCAGCUGUCCACUGUCUAACUCCGUCUAUCACCCGUCUAACUUCGUUCAGUAUUCAGCAGUGUGUUGCUGUUGUGUGACAAGGUAAACUUUGUCCGUGUAUUACUGAGUUUGUGUUCGCCAUUGUACACUGGGCCUGUGUUUUACAGAGUUUGUCUUCGCCAUUGUACACUGUGCCUGUGCUUUACUGAGUUUGUCUUCGCCAUUGUACACUGGGCCUGUGUUUUACAGAGUUUGUCUUCGCCAUUGUACACUGGACCUGUGCUUUACUGAGUUUGUCUUCCCCAUUGUACACUGGACCUGUGCUUUACUGAGUUUGUCUUCGCCAUUGUACACUGGACCUGUGCUUUACUGAGUUUGUCUUCGCCAUUGUACACUGGACCUGUGCUUUACUGAGUUUGUCUUCGCCAUUGUACACUGGACCUGUGCUUUACUGAGUUUGUCUUCGCCAUUGUACACUGGACCUGUGCUUUACUGAGUUUGUCUUCGCCAUUGUACACUUGGCCUGUGCUUUACGGAGUUUGUCUUUGCCAUUGUACACUUGGCCUGUGCUUUACAGAGUUUGUCUUCGCCAUUGUACGCUGGACCUGUGCUUUACUGAGUUUGUCUUCGCCAUUGUACACUGGACCUGUGCUUUACUGAGUUUGUCUUCGCCAUUGUACACUGGACUUAUUAGUGAGGCGCCUGUGUAACCCACCCGGAUCUCGGAGGAGAAAACUGACAGGGAUAGUUCCGGCAGACCUCGACUGACCACCACAACCAUGAGUAAUCAGAACAACGACAGCAAUCCUCCUCAACCCAGUACCAAGAAUAUCCAGGUUAAACCAAACACGGAAGGACACACAGAGACGGUUAACGCUGCAGGAAUUGUUCAUGGUGGAGUUGGCAACACUAACAUCAACUUGGUCCAGGCGCAAGACAGUGCGGGCAGACCUCGACCGACCACCACAACCAUGGGUAAUCAGAACAGCAACCCUCCUCAACCCAGUCCCCAGAAUAUCCAGGUUAAACCAAACACACAAGGACCCAUACAGACGGUUAACGCUGCAGGAAGUGUUGAUGGUGGAGUUGGCAACACCAACAUCAACGUGGUCCAGGCACAAGGCGACAAGGAACGUGUAGAAAAAGAGCCCCGGGAUUUGUGCGGAGAACUGUCGGUAAAGGAGCGUCAAAAACGAGAGAGAAGACAUGAAGUUAAAAAUCUGGAAUCGAAGAUUGAGAAACUGAAAGAGGAAGUGGAAACGUUCCAACAACAAACAUAUGAUAAACGUGAGGACAUAGAAAACAUCGAGAAGAAGAUACGUAAGCUGAUUGACGAUAUUGAACUCAAGAAAGACGAAAUAGCAAAGUUGGAGGAAAACGUUAUACCGGAACUAAAGAAACAGAUUGAAAAAGCUGAAAUAAGACUUGAAGUGCUCAAAGAUACUGUUGAAGAUACAUCAAAUGCCAUCCCGGCACUGGAAAAACAGGUGCGGGACCUGAUACAGAAUCUCACAAAAUAUGGCACUGAUGUAAAAGAUGAAAAGGAGAACAUUGCGGAACUGUACAGAUUGGUUCUUCAGUUGAGAAAAGACCUUUCAGAUCGGAAGAAUGAUCAGAAAGCACUCGCUGAAAAGAUGCAGAGAAUAGAAGACGAACAAGCAAGACAAAAACGCCAAUGUGAAGAUGAACGGAGAGAAAGAGAAGAAUUACAAAGACAGAUGCAGAGAAUAGAAGACGAACAGGCAAGACAAAAACGCCAAUGUGAAGAUUUACGGAGAGAAAAUACAGAUUUACGGAAAGAAAUUAAAGAAUUUCAAAGCCAGAUACAAAACCUCCUUGAGGUGAUCGAGGAAAAGGACAACGAUAUCAGACAACUUAAAGAUUUAAGGACAGCAGCAGCAGAGAGCAAGGUACAGGGACCUCAGGAUGCAGUGCAAGAGAAAACCAUCCAGGACAAACACGGAAGGGAAGAAGGAAAGACAGCCUCCAGUGAAGUGACAGGGAGGGGAACCACCGCCACAGGGACACGAGCUGAUGGAAGUGUUGCCAGUCAAGGAGUGACACAGAAAGACUCCAACCCCCGUCAUGAUGACGACCUCCUCGGUGCCUGCGGCGUUGGGAACAUGGCCGCGGUGGAGCGUGUCCUGGAUCUGGGACAGGUGGACAUCAACUGCAGAGGAGAGGGGAGCCGGACACCGGUGAUGGAGGCAGCACUGGCGGGACACAUGGAUGUGGUGGAGCUGCUACGGAAACGUGGAGCUAAUGUGUCACUGGUGGACGAGGAGGGUAACAACAUCCUUCACUACGCCUGUAUGGAUGGCGACGUGGGGACGGUGGAGUUGAUACUGUCCCUGGACGGGGUGGACGUCAACCGUAGAGGAGGAGGGUUGAAAUUGACACCGCUGAUGAUGGCAGCAGAGCGGGGACACACGAAUGUGGUGGAGCUGCUACUGAAUAGAGGAGCUGAUGCGUCACUGGUGGACAUGUUCGGUUAUGACAUCCUCCACUUGACCUGUUAUAGAGGCGACGUGAGGACGGUGGAGUUGAUACUGUCCCGGGACGUGGUGGACGUCAACGCCAGGAACAAACUCAGGAAGACAGUGGCCCAAAUGGCGAAAGACGGGGGACUUCCUCAACUGGCGGAUUUCGUGGAGUCACGUCGUGCUCGGUGAAGUCGUGUUGUGUGGUGCAGACAGUGACGAUGCUGACAAACUGAGUCACAGAUAUGUGACAAACAGACAACAAACUGUUUGUUUACAUCUCGAUCCACUGUGAGGCCAUGUUCGCCCAGCUGACGGGGCGCCAAAUGUACAGUGAAUGAACCGGGGGGAAAACACAGUCAAUCCAUAAUUAUAUUGAACUUGUCUAACUUGGUAAUUAAUUUCUGAUCCACAUGGAAUCUGCGUUUAUAUCAAGAAAAUGCAUAUCAUACAAUAUUUA